CCCACUCGGCAGGGCACAGCCACUUCUGGGUCUCCUUCUUCCUUCCAGCAUCGACUCCCAGUCUCAGUCCUGGCCAUGGGACUCCCGCACCGCCACCUGUGCACCGCCUCUAGCGCCCGGGCCCUGUCGAGGCUGCUGCUGCCGCUGCUCGUGACGCAACUGUGGGCCGCGGAGGCGGUGCUGCUCCCCAGAAACGACACCAGCGUGGACCUUGUGGCCUCCGGCGCUCCUUGCGCACGCGGUUCGCAGCCCUGGCAGGUCUCCCUCUUCAGUGGCCUCUCGUUCCACUGCGCGGGCGUCCUGGUGGACAAGAGUUGGGUGCUCACAGCCGCGCACUGCAGGAACAACAAUCCUCUAUGGGCUCGCAUUGGGGACGACCACCUGCUCCUCCUCCAGGGCGAGCAGCUCCGCCGGACCACUCGCCAAGUCAUCCACCCCAAGUACCACCAGGGCUCAGGCCCCAUCCUGCCGAGGCGGACAGAUGAGCAUGACCUCAUGCUGCUGAAGCUGGCCAGGCCCGCUGUGCUGGGGCCUCGCAUCCAGACCCUGCGCCUGCCCUACCGCUGUGCCCAGCCCGGAGACGAGUGCCAGGUCGCUGGCUGGGGUACCACGGCUACCCGAAGAGUGAAGUACAACAAGGGCCUGAGUUGCUCCAGGGUCACUGUCCUGAGCUCUAAAGAGUGCGAGGUCUUCUACCCUGGUGUUGUCACCAACAACAUGAUGUGUGCAGGACUGGACCAGGGUCAGGACCCCUGCCAGAGUGACUCCGGUGGCCCUCUGGUCUGUGACCAGACCCUGCAGGGCAUCCUUUCAUGGGGCGUUUUCCCCUGCGGCUCAGCUCAGCAUCCAGCUGUCUACACCCAGAUCUGCAAAUACAGCUCCUGGAUAGAGAAAACCAUACGCUCCAACUGACCCGAGGCCCUGCCACUCCACCAGCUGCCGUCUUGCUCCUUCCUUCACAGUUGUGGGGGCUGAAUUCUCCCCCUGUUCUGUUCGAACCUCCACUGCCCAACACCUGCUAACAUCUUUCCUCAUCUCCCCCUGCCUACUGCUGCUCUUUCCACACUUUGAAGCCAAAGUGUCAAUAGAGGUGGUCAAGUUUAAUUCAAGAGAAGCAAGGAAGCUGGUGGUCACCCAGCAUCUGAGAGAAGUUGUCACUCACUCAGCCUGCCUCCCUCUGCUAAUCCCUGCUGUGUGACCUCGGGCAAGCAGAGUAACCUGUCUGGGCCUCUGUUUCUUCAUCUGGAAGAUGGGGACAAUGGAGUGCCUGCCUCAGAGGCAAUGUGAAGAGACGAUCAUACAACACG